AUGAGGUAUGGAGCAUGGUAUCUGAACACCAACUUGUGGAAAAGGCAAAGAGCAGAUGAACCUUUGGUUGACCCCAAGGUCGCAUGGAAAGCCCACACUAAGGAUUUUGAAAAGGAGCUACAAGCACAGGAGGAGUUACUUACACACCUUAAGGAUUUCAUUGCAAGCAGAGGAUACAGGAUGCCCAAGUUCCUUGAGAAGAUGUAUAUUGGGAAGAAAGGUAAAUCUGAAUAUAAUAAGACUCCUAAAAAACUCAGUCAAGCGUAG